AUGGCGAUUCCACUUCAGCUACGAAAUUCCAUGUUCCCACCUGAACUUGAGUUCAUUGCGUCGGAUGAGCUCAUAGAGAUCAAACCCGCCGUGAAAAUGGACAAAAUACAGUUCAUUUCAGGAUUAUACGGACCCUUUACUGGAGGACGUUCGAGCAAUAUUCCUUUAUGGAUCGCGGUCAAUUUGAAGCUAAAAAAGAAGUGCAAUAUUGUUGCACCUUCCUGGCUUAAUGUUGAAUCCCUCCAAAACAAGCUAGCUGAAGAGACCGACGAGAGGUUGAAAGACGGACUUGCUCAUUUUCCGUUUCGGUAUACUGAAAUCGCAAAAGUACUUUUAGACGUAGCUGCUGAUGACCUCGACCAGCCAGACAAGAUACGGAAACUACUUAAAGACAUACGCGAGACGAGGCAGGCAAAAAUUCGGGAAACCCUGUUAAGGCUCAACCCCACGGCACUGCAGAUGACAGGAGUCUCGGCGAUGGAGAUCAACGAAGUGCGGCCUUUCUUCUCAAAAGCGAUGGGCACCCUUAUUCAACUCAAACCGGAGAGCACAAGUACAGAACAAGGACCUGAUGGAGAGUAUGCAUGA